CCCUCAAUUUGAUUAUUUCCUGGUAUCAAUUCCUCCUGGGUGAGUUUACUUCUUUUUGUUCUAGAACUUUCAAGUGUACUGUUAAGUCAUUACUGUGAAAUUUCUCCAAAUUCUUUAUGUGGGCAUUUAGUGCUAUGAACUUUCCUCUUAGUACUGCUUUCAUGGUGUCCCAUACAUUUGGGUAUGCUGUGCAUUCAUUUUUCAUUGAACUCUAGGAAGUCUUUAGUUUCUUUAUAUCUUCCUUGACCCAGUGGUGAUUCAUUUGAGCAUUAUUCAGUUUUCAUCAGUUUGUAGAUGUACCGUUCAUCUAACAAUGUAAUGCAAUUUUCUGAUCCUUGAAUGUUAUUACCAACUAUUAGGAUAUAAAGAAAUGAAAGUUAGUAGUUAGAUAUUAUAAUAGAAAUUGUAGUUAUAUUAGGUAUGUUUUCAAGAUUGAGUAGAUAUAUUUUAGAUAGACAGGUUAUCUUCAAACCCUUCAGAGAUCUACAGAAUAUGGCAUUUAAAAUGUUUUAAUAACUUAGAAAAUUUUUCUUUUUUGUUAUGACUAUGAGACAUGUCGGCUCCUGGCAGUACCAAUCUACUUCAGAGAAAAUAUGGGCACUGAAGAAACUGCAUAUGGAGUUAAUUUUCAUUGUGGCAAAAGUUAGCCACUGGACAACAAAGUAUCCUCGAAUCAACAGGACAAAAUGGACAGACAGGACAUAAAACAAAGGAUUACUGAUUCUUGCCAAAACAAGUGUGGUUAUGGCUUUAUCAAAAGGCAUCUUCAGAGGCCAGGACAAUAUGGCACCAUCCCUGAAGUGGCCUUUGCAAUUCGAAAAAGGUACAGUGCCCUUUUCUUCGAAGGCAGCUGAACAGGCAGUGGGCCGAUGGCCUCUGAUGUGCAAUGGAACAGCAGCUGAAACAGUUAUUCUUGAAGAGUAACUAAGCUCACGCCUCUCAAUAGUAGACUGGCAUUUGAUAGAGGGAUAUGGAGAAGAAUGGGAUGCUGAGAUGAAGCCAUAUAUACACAGCCAAGAAGAAUGGACAGCUGAAUUAAAAAACCAUCAACAAUUUCCAGAAUUUAAAAUCCUGAAUCAUGACAUGACACUAGUGGAAUUCAGGUGUUUCUGGUACAUGGACUACUCUCACUCAAUGUGAGGUUGAACUGUUGACCUUGUGUACAUCCUACUUCACAAAUGAGUCUGUCAGAUAUGCUAAGCCUAUAGGCUGAAGAUGAUGCCCCAGCACUUCGGAGAAACCUCAGGAAUUAGUAACAUUUGAGGAUGUAGCUGUGGAUUUCACCCAGGAAGAAUGGCAAUACCUGAACCCUCCACAGAGGACCCUGUACAGAGAUGUGAUGCUUGAGACCUACAGCAACCUUGUUUCUGUGGGCUCCAAAGACCAAGGAGGUAUCUAUCAUUUAUCAUCUUCAGAACAGCAGGUUACUAAACCUGAUCUCAUUAUCAAGCUGGAGGUAGAAGAACCAGAGCCAGAAGAUGGGGAGAUUUCAGUUUGGAGCUUUCCAGAAGUCUGCCAAAUUAAUGAACAGUUUGAGAGGCAACAUCAGGAUAACCAAGAUAAGUAUCUGUUGAUGCAAUUUGGAUUCCCUGAUGACAAAAUAAUUACCAAGAGUGACCAGAACUAUGCUGAGUUUGAAAACACAUUUCAUCUGAGCACAAGCCUUGUUGUCCCAAUGCAAAGAUCCCACAAAUUUGAAUCAUUUGGAAAUAAUAUGGUGGACAAUUUAAGCUUGCUUAGUAGAAGCUCUACAGAAAAUAAACAUGAUACUGGAUGUGCAAAGUUAUUCUUCCAUACAGAAUAUGAAAAACCUAAUUUCAUAGUGAAACCCUGUGGAUAUAAAGAAUAUGACAAAACCCUCAGGCGAAAGAAAGGUCUUAGCCUUCAUCAGAGAAUUAAAAAUGGAGAGAAGCCUUUUGAAUGUACUGCAUGUCAGAAAACCUUCAGCAAAAAGUCACACCUCAUUGUACAUUGGAGAACUCAUACAGGAGAGAAACCAUUUGAGUGUACUGAAUGUGGGAAAGCUUUUAGCCAAAAGUCCCAGCUCAUUAUACACCUCAGAACUCAUACAGGAGAAAGACCCUUUGCAUGUCCAGAAUGUGGCAAAGCCUUCAGAGAAAAGUCAACUGUCAUCAUACAUUAUAGAACACAUACAGGAGAGAAACCUUAUGAAUGUAAUGAAUGUGGGAAAGCCUUCACUCAGAAGUCAAACCUCAUUGUCCAUAAAAAAACCCACACAGGAGAGAAAACCUAUGAGUGUACCAAGUGUGGGGAAUCUUUCAUCCAGAAACUUGACCUAAUUAUACAUCAUAGUACUCACACAGGAAAGAAGCCUCAUGAAUGUAAUGAGUGUAAGAAAACAUUCAGCGAUAAGUCAACCCUCGUUAUACAUCAGAGAACUCACACUGGAGAGAAACCUCAUAAAUGUACUGAAUGUGGGAAGUCUUUCAAUGAGAAGUCAACCCUCAUUGUGCACCAAAGAACUCAUACUGGUGAGAAGCCCUAUGAAUGUGAUGUGUGUGGGAAAACUUUCACUCAAAAGUCAAAUCUAGGUGUGCAUCAAAGAACUCAUUCAGGAGAGAAACCAUUUGAGUGUAAUGAGUGUGAGAAAGCCUUCUCUCAGAAAUCCUAUCUCAUGCUACAUCAGCGAGGCCACACUGGAGAGAAGCCCUAUGAAUGUAAUGAAUGUGAAAAGGCGUUUUCUCAGAAGUCCUAUCUCAUUAUACAUCAAAGAACUCAUACAGAAGAAAAACCCUAUAAAUGUAAUGAGUGUGGAAAGGCAUUCCGAGAAAAGUCAAAACUCAUUAUCCAUCAGAGAAUCCACACAGGAGAGAAACCCUAUGAAUGCCUUGUGUGCUGGAAAGCUUUUAGCCAGAAGUCACAGCUCAUCAUCCAUCAGAGAACACACACAGGAGAAAAGCCCUAUAAAUGCACAGAAUGUGGUAAAGCAUUCAGGGAAAAAUCCACAUUCACAGUACAUCAAAGAACUCACACUGGAGAGAAACCCUAUAAGUGUGCAGAAUGUGGCAAAGCCUUUACCCAGAAAUCCAACCUUAUUGUACAUCAGAGGACCCAUAUAGGAAAGAAGGCCCAUGGAAGAGGCCACACCUGCAAGGCAAAACUCACUCCAAAAUAUGGAACAAAGCAGUAGUGUCUUUCAUAUACCCAAAAGGAAAGAUGUGUUGAUUUAAUGUUGAAAAAGAAUGACCUGAAUUCUAGUCUAAUCAUUGGGAUAAAGUCAGCAUUUCUUUUCAUCUAUUUUCACCCUAAUGCAGGUUGAAAUAGAAGCAGAUGUGUAAUUUCUUUGGAAACCACUGCAACCAUAGGGCUGUCAGUCUAAAUGGCAAUCAAACACUAGUACAUGAGAUUUCAUGGCUUCAGAAGUGAGGCAGCAUAGCUAAGGACUCUCCUCUGAGGGUUGAGAUACACUUUAAGGUGCAUGACCAGAGACAGCUGUGACAAAGACCAUGUGAGGCCUGAGGAGAAACAGGCAGACAGACCUUAUAUUUAUAGAAAGUAAUCAGACAGAUUUGAGGAAGAGCUAGAGGUGGGAAGCUGGGGCAAAGAAAGGGAUAUAGUUGGUCUUGUUUACUGGUUUGGGGAAAGUAAAGUGUGAAAGAACUAACAGAAGGUAAGGGGUGUUUCAUUUGUUUGAAAAACUGAUCUGUCUAGAAUGUGGCCCUGGCAUCUUCCUCCACAAGAACCUCAGGCAAACAUCAAAUCCAGGAACAACUCUUCUCAUUCAAAGAAAAGCGUGUAAAAGUAAUCAAAAUCACAAAUACAUCUCCACUUCUAGGAAUACAUAUACUCAUAUGUGUACAAAAUGAUCAAAACAGGUAUUUGUUGAUGCAGUGUUUAAAAUCAAAAGAUUAGAAGCUUUCCAAAUGGCAUCACCUGGAUUCUUCUUCCUAAAACUGAUACAUAUUCAUACAGCAAACUCGAGACCAAAAUGAACAAAAAGAAUGUGGAUAUCAUUUCCGUAAUGAUUUGGGGUAGUCUCCAAGUUACAUCAUUAGAUAGGAAAAGCAAGGUGCAGCACAGUGAGUAUAAUGUGCUACCAUUUGUAUAUAAAAAGGAGAAAAUGGUAAGUACAGAGUUCAUUGUAUGCAUAAUAUGUUUCUGGAAAGGAAUAUAAGAAUCUGAUUAUCAUUAUUAUCUUACAGAAGGGAAGGGGGCAGUACGUGACAGGGAGAUGAAACCUCAAGACACCUGUGCAUUCUCUCAUAGCUUUGGAAAGUUGUACAGUGUGGAUAUAUAACCUUUUUGACAAAUAAAUCUUUAAAACCAUAUUUCAUUCCUUUAAUAGUUAACUCUAGAUACAUAAUUUAUAACAUUUAACGUAUAUAAGCUGAGUAGAGUUUAUUUUCAGUGAAAUAAUUUGAAUUAUUUCAGUGAAAUAAAUUGAACUACCGGCAAACAGGAGCAAAUAUUCAAUCAAUUCCUAAAAUAUGUAGGCAUUUUUUUCUAAGCAUGAAGUAAAGUAAUUCUAAGGUCAUCUGGGACCAUAUUACAUAAGCCUAAAAUAACUGAAACUAGAACGUAUUUCAUAUUUAGGGUGCACAUUGACACCUGUGAGAAGUUACUUUAUUAAAAUUCAUUGAUAUCUUUUCAAAUCUUAAAAUGAUUUAAAUGACUGCAUAUGCAUACACUGUUUUUACAAGAAGCAUAAAGCACCAAUUCAAUGGGAGGCAGAAUAACUUGCUCCAAAUAUUACACAAGUGCUAGUGACAUGAAUUUCCCAAGAUCACAGAUGAAAUCGAGACCCAUGAGAACAAUAAAACAACAUUUGCUGUAGAACAAGAGAUCUUGUCUGUGAAUUACUCUAUUUGUAGCCCUCUUGAUAAUAUGGCUAUUCAUUGAGUCUGUCUCUAGCAUUAUUAGGCAACCCAAGCUAUGUACAACCUAGAGGUCAUUGGAGUUUAUACUCAUCAGAACAGAUGAAUUAGACUUGAGUCUGUACCUUUCUAGACCACCUUGUUUAAGACUCUGUGUGUGCAUGUGCAUGUGCUCAAUGAGGCAGAGAGUCACUCCCAGGGUAUUUUUUGUCUAUUUGUGUCCAUAUUUAUUUUCUAGAGUCAGAUCCUAAACGUUAAAUUGCUUUGAUAUUGAUUUCUAAAUUGCAUUUAGAAAGUUUAAUACACUACUCUCAAUAAUCUUCUUUCAAACUCCAUAGCCCCAGUCAAACACUAAUGUAUAAAAUUUGCUGAACUUGGGUCCUCUGUAAGAGCUCACUGAAACACUGGGCCAUCUUUCCAGCAUCUUUUUUUAUUCUUUAUUUCUGGUGGGGGGGCAGUGAGCAGUAGGCUCAGGUUGGGACGUGGGGGAUGUUAUUUCAGAGCUGGAGCUCAAACAUGGGGCUUUGCAAAUGUGAAGUGCUCUCACACUCUGUUCCAUCCUCACCCUCAUUUUAUUUUUGAGCUCUGUAAAUCACAUAUGUCCAAUUCCAAGUACAGGAAAUGUAGGGUCAACUAGAUUGUUCCUUGUGCAGUCUACAGAAAAUAUGCCUAAGGGAACUGGAAGUAGCUAUUUGAUUAUUUUACCAAUAGAAAAUCACCUCAAUUAAGUUACUCUGCAUUAAGGUGAGAGCUCAGCUUGUACCUUUUCCUGCGAAUUUUGUACACUUUCCUGUGCCACAGAUGGCAACUUGCUCCAGCUACAUUUAAGCAAAUUGAGGUAAGAGUCAUAGACUGAAGAGGAAGGGAUGAGGAUGAACUGCAGGAUGCAAAUGUGCUGAUGUUAGAGGGAAAGAGAGGAGGGUAAUGAAGAACCAAGUGUGGCUAAAUGGGGCCAGUAAAAGGCAGAAUUGGGGACUGUUUCUAGUGGUCCCAGUUGGGGUCAUCCCUGGGGAUUCCUAGAAUCUUCCCUAACACCCGGUUUCUCUCUAUCCCCAUGAUGUCUCCCUCUAUCAUGGUAUCUAUUUCACUGUUUUCCCACUCCAUCCAAUUCUAACUCAACUCUCCAUUUCCUUAUGUUCUCAUUCUCCAUCCCCUGCCCUCCAUUCCAUCCCAUAUACCUAUGCUCAUAGUGCCUGUCAUUACCCAAAGGUCCUGUGACUAUAAAUUUUGACACCACAGAUCCUUGUUACCUACGAGUAUCCAUCAUUCUUUCACUCUAACUGUCCAUUCAUUUUGAUGGCCCAUCCCUUUUCCUUCUCUCCACUCAACUGCUUCUAGCAGAAACAUUUGCUAAACCUUGCCUUCCCUCACUUCCAAUGUAACUACUUGCCAGUUCACUCUCAAAUACUACCCAUGCCAUGGGCAGUUGGUGAGGACCAAGAAGAGAACCCCACUAUGAGCAUAGGUAUAUGAGGUGGAAACAACUUGUACUCCGGACUCAGUGAAGGUAAACUCUGUGCUCCAUGUCCUUGUUGGUAUUUAUAGUUAGCAUGUCUGAGACCAUCAUAUAUCAAAAAAGUAGCUGGGAAUAAAAUUUUAUCUCUGAAGAUGAGGAAACCCAAAGGAUCUAUAAAUUAUUACAAUAAAAUAAAUGAAAACAAGGUUGCUAAAUACUAGUUCAAAGUUUAGAAAUUACUUUUCUUUGUACCAUCAAUGACCAGAACAAGGAUCAUUAAUUCAGUGUGGAGGAACAGAAACAUAACAAGGCCAUUCAUUGAGACUCUUGAGUUGAAUGAGGAUUAAUCUAUAAAUGUCUAGAAUGCAUUAGGAAAGGAGUAGAGAGCUGGAGUGAAAGUGAAAAGGCCAUGUAUCUGAUCAUGGAGGUGAGGUGAACUAGGACCCACUCUCAAACCUAAGCAAAGGAUGGGGCAGUAAACUGUGAAGAUGUCCCGUCACUGAAGGAGUUGGCUUCCUUGUGUUAAAACCACCAGAGGCCAGUGUCCUUUAAGAAAACAUCAUGGCAAAGGAUUUGACACACACUCACCAGCUAGGUCUUUCUUCUACUCACCAUCCCAGUGUUUUAAGUGCUCACCUCCCUGUGCAAUUUUAGAUUUUUCUCCCAUCCAGGGCUCUUCAUCAACAUGAAGAUCAUAACUGCUUUGAGAACUUGUCACCCUUACAUAGACAUGAUUAAAGAUUAUCCACUUAAGCUUGGGGUCUUGUCAUGGCUAAGAACGGGACAGCUUCAUGGGCUACAUAACACAAACAUCCAUUUCUGUGUAGGCCAAGUCAGGCCAUUCUGCAUCCUCCAGGGACCACAGAAAUGGGGAAUACAAACACACACACACAGGCAAAAAACAAGCUACAUUAGUGGGCCCAUGUAUCGGCUCCUCUGCUAAGGUUCUGACUAGUAUAGACCUUGUCCUCAGCAUCCAAGAUAAGUGGAAUGUUUUAACUAUGAGAAUGCAAGGCAGGAAAAAUGGAGAAAGAUAAACAUGCAAAGAUGAAUUCAAGAAAGUAGGUGUGUCUAUGCUAUAAUAGGAUGCAGUAGUUCCCUUUUACCAAGGCUGUUUUUUCUUUAAUUUCAGUCAACUCUGUUCUGAAAAUAUUAAAUGGAAAAAAUUCCAAAAAUACUGUUUUAAAUUGAGUGCCAUUCUGAGAAGCAUCAGAUUUUAUUCCAUCCCAUAAAUCUCCUUAUCAAGCAUUUUCAUGCUGUUAGUGAUUCAGUAGCCCUCUUGGUUUUUGGAUUGACUGUCACUGUAUCACAGGGCUUGUAUUCAAAUGCUUCUUUUACUUAGUAAUGACCCUGAAGCAUAAGAGCUGUGAUGCAAAGUUUUUGAUAUACCUUAGAGAAUCCUUUCAUUGAAAAAGUGAAAGGUCUGACCUUAAGAAAAAAUAUAUAACUUGAUGUUGCCUAAGCCUAUAACUGAGAAUGAAUCUUUGGAGCCAGGUGUGGUGGUACAUCUGUAAUCCCAGUACUAAGGAGGCAGAGACAGGAAAAUCACAAAUUCAAGGACAUCCUGGGAUACAUAGUAACACCCUGUCAAAGAAGAAAGGAUACAAGGUGAUGGAAGCAGGAAGAGAAAAAUCUUCUGUCCAUGAGCUUGUGGGGGGAAAAAAACGUUCCUGCUAAUUUUGCUGUUGUACCUCAAAAUGCAAAUGUUACAGCCACAGUGCUCAUUAAAGUCAUAAGUAUGAUAAGCAAGGCAUUAAAUUACAGGAUUAGCUACUUUCCAUGGUUUUAGGACUUUACCAGUGUCUUUGAACAUACUCCCUGCAGAUGAAGGACACUCUGACUCACAGAUUGGAUGCCUUAAACAAACACAGUUCUGGACAUGGGGAAGUCCAUGAUCAAGGCACUCAAAAAACCUGUGUCUGGUGAGGCCUGGCUUCCUGGUUUGCAGAUGGCAUCUUGUAUAUGCAGAAAGAAACUCCUUUUCAGUUAAGAUACUAAUCCUAUCAUAGGGGCUCUGCUAUCAUGACUUCAUCUAAUUCCAAUUAAUAGAGAAAAGCCCCAUGUCUGAACCCUAUCCAAUUGAAGGUUAGGGUUUUUACAUAGAAGCUUGGGGGCACAGUGAGUGCAAGCAUGCAGUCUGCAACAGUAGCCAAGUACUUCAAUGUAUUUCGGUUCAAAAAUUUCAUAAUUCUGAAAAUAAUUUUGAAUGUAAACUACAAAUUAGAAAACUGCUAACAAAAUAAGAACUGGUUAUAAAAUUUGAAGGGAAAAACAUUAACCAGGAUGAAGAAAUAUAUCUUGUAUCAAUAAAAGAAAUUGUUUGUCAACAGAUAUGAUAAUUGUGGGUGUGUCUCAUUUACAACAUAGGUUUAAAGUCUAUGAAGCAAUCCAAAAGAAGUGGUAAAUCUUGAAUUAUACAGCAAUAGAAAUUAACUCUCCUUUCAAUGCAAACAAGGAAAAAUAAUGACUUACUUGAUUAACAGUUACUAAACUUGCUGCAUGAUGAAACAGACAUAAAUGAAAUGUAUAUACAUGUAUAUGGGAGAAACAUUUACAAAUAGUAUAAGUAGAUGAUCAUAAAGGCCCAGGAGACCAUGAGUGGUGGCAUGUGCCUUUAAUCCCAGCACUAGGAAGUAGGGGCAGGCAGAUCUCUGUGAGUUUGAGACUAGCCUAUACUAUGUAGUCAGUUCCAGGACAGAUAUGUACAGAGACCCUUUCUCAAAAGAAAAAAAGAAAAACAAAAGCCCAGCAAAUCACCGGCACAUGUUUGUCUAGUUCCAAUGCAAUAAAAUCAACCUGCUAUCCUAAAUAACUCUUGUAUUAAAAUUUUAAUUAAGUUAUGAACAUAUUAGAAAUAGAUGAGUAUACAGAUCAGGGGCAUCUGAAUAAAACUAGAAAAACCACUGCCUGUUGUGCAAUACUGGUAUCUCAAGAUCAUAUCUCUUCAUUGACAAGCUAGAAAUCCUCAAACUCACUGGACACUGCAGUAAGGAUGUUUUGUUUUGAAUUUUUCACUAGUUCUACAAGAAUUUUGUACAAUAUGUUUUGAUCAUAUUCACCUCUUCCCCGCAGCUCCUCUCAGAUCCAUUUCCCCUUCUCUACACACCUGUACUGGCUGCUUUUGUGUCAACUUGGCACAAACUAGAGUCAUCAAAGAGAAAGGAGACUUGGUUGAUGAAAUACCUCCAUGAGAUCCAGCCGUAAGGCAUUUUUUCAAUUAGUGAUCAAUGGGGGCAUGCCCAGCCCAUUGUGGGUGGUGUUAUCCCCAGCCUGGUGGUACUGGGUUCUAUAAGAAAGAAGGCUGAGCAAGCCAGGGUAAGUAAACCAGUAAGCAGCUCUCCUCUAUGGCCACUGCAUCAGCUCCUGCCUCCAGGAUCCUGCCCUGUUUGAGUUCUUGUCCUGACUUCCUUCAAUAAUGAACAGAAAUGUGGAAGUGUAAGCCAAAUAAACCCUUUUCUCCCCAACUUUCUUUUUGGUCAUAGUGUUUCAUCACAGCAAUAGAAACCCAAACUAAGACACCACUCAACUUUGUAUCAUUUAAACACUGUUCAAGUCCAAUUUGUGCUACCCAUAUAUUGUUGGAUGCAUGGCCUUCCAUUGAAGCAUGAGCCAUGGAUGACGACAAGGAAGCAGUGUCUUCUAGACACAGCAAGGCGGUUGCACAUAUGAACUUACAGUGGUUGUGACGGCAUAUGUAAGACUAAAUUCCAACAUAAAGAGAGAGCAUGAUGUCCCAACCCUAGCUGAGGAGCUAUUGGUAAUUGUUAGCUCCUGAAAGAGGAAGAGUCCAUUUUCUUUAAGAAUAUAGCCCCUGGUAAGUUGAUUGUAUGCCAGUGGAAGGCCACACAUAAAAAGAUGAGCUUUCUGGUGGCACAAGAUCUACAAAAUUUGAUGGUAUGGUGGCACACACAUUUAAUCCCAGCACUUGUUAGGCAGAGGCAGGAAGAUCUCUGAGUUCAAGGACAGCCUGGUCUGGAAAGUGAGUUCCAGGACACCCAGGGAUACAUAGAGAAAUCCUGUCUCGGAAAAAAAAAAAUAAAUCUACACAGUUAAUCAGAUAGCUGGCAAGUUUAUCAUAGAAGGCCUCAAAGGGUAAUAGAAUCAAGAAUGCUACUGCCACAGUUUGGCAUGGCAUUGUUCUGUACCAUGUUGCACUCCACUUUUAUGGACUCCCCCUGUGUAUCACUAGAAUGGCCAAACAGUUACACCACCAGUAUGUGGGUGAAAACACUUGAUGAAGAUUGACUUCAAGGUAUCUGAGUUAUCCAUCUACGUAGGAAAGGUCAGCCACCUACUUGGUUUCCACUACACAGAUUCUGUACCCUGUGAUGCCACACCAACUCCAGUGUCGUCUGUGUGACAUGAAUAAUUAUGUCAAUAAUAGCAGACGGGAGAUACGUGUCCCACUGGACUAAGCUCCCUGGAGGUCCCUGGCACAGUGCCCGCGUUAUGCUUCCUUCUCAAAGAAGACAUGCUUCACGGAUCAUGAGCUCCCUGGACUAUGGGUUCUAUGUAACUGCUUUUCUGAUAAUGUUCUAAUUAAUCUAUGAAGCACAGCCAAAAUUAAUGAAUGCUUGGGUUGUGAACUAUGGAGGAGAGGGGAAGCUGGACAUGGAUCUUAAUCAGAUAUAGAAGAAUGAGCUAUUUCUUAAAGACCCCAAGCCGCUAGAUAAAGAAAGUAUAAUAGUUCAGGCACUUCUAGGGAAUGAACACUCACCCACUAGGAAUCCUUUAGGAAUCCCAACUAAAGUGAUUUAUGGUAGAAAACGUUAUCUCAUAGGAAGCAGAUGGUGAGCCACUCCGUUGAGGAAGUUCAGCAUGGGAAACUUAAGGACUACAGCAGAACCCCUUCCCCUUACAGGCAUAAAAGUACAAGAGUCCAUAUCCUAGCAGGUAAAAAGGUUUUAUAUUAAAGAGAUAUGUGGUGGAGAACUGAAAAAAGACAUAGAGAGGGUCUGCAGCAUCCAAAUUGGCUAAAUGGGUCAUGAGAACCAGAAAAAUAGAAGUGCAUAAUAAACUAGAAAGCUGCUGAGAUAAGAUAAAGGACACAGCUGCAACUGCAAGAAGUUUACACAAGUCUAGGGACUGUAUUAAGUUUAGAAAUCACAGACUGCUCUUUGGGUCAUAAAGUUCUUGUGGGUGAAGGGAUAUGUCUAGCGCCGAUUAAUAACUGUGUGAUUGCUGUUUUUUAAAGAUGAUGUAAUUGAAUUAUUGCCAAGCUCUUGUUGUUCCUUGUAUGACUUGAUAGUUUUCUUUUCUGUAUAUAAACUACUGAUUUGCAGAAGUAAAAUUGCAGCAGAUUCAAACCA